AUGAGGCUACCCACAGCUUCCCUUGUUUGGAGCGCUCUUGCUAGCGUAGCACUCGGAUUGACCGCGAGUGAAUGGCGCAGUCAAUCAAUCUACUUUGUGCUUACGGAUCGUUUUGGAUUGACGAGCAAUUCCACCACGACUUCUUGUACUGCCGCUGAUGCAGUAUACUGCGGUGGUAGCUGGCAGGGUUUGAUCAACCAACUCGAUUACAUCCAGGGUAUGGGCUUUACAGCCAUAUGGAUAACACCCGUAACCCAGAAUUUUGAAGGCAACACCCAUGAUGGUGAAGCUUAUCAUGGCUACUGGCAGCAGAACGCUUACGCGACGAACCCUCACUAUGGUACUUCUUCAGACUUGCUCAAACUUUCCAACGCGUUGCACGCACGAGGAAUGUACCUCAUGGUCGACAUUGUGGUGAACAACAUGGCAUACAAUGGAGUGGGCACCAACGUCGACUACAGCAUUUUCAAUCCUUUCCCAUCUCAAAGUUAUUACCAUCCCUACUGUCUGAUUUCCAACUAUGACAACCAGACCAAUGUUGUGGACUGCUGGGAAGGAGAUACCUAUGUCUCUUUACCGGAUCUCGACACUACCCAGACAUAUGUGAAGAAUACCUGGAAUGCGUGGGUCAAGUCAUUUGUAGCAAAUUACUCCAUUGACGGACUUCGUAUCGACUCCGCAAAACAUAUCCAGAAGGAUUUCUUCGCCAAUUUCGAAGCUUCAGCUGGCGUUUACUGUAUCGGAGAAGUGUUUAACGGCGAUCCAGCAUUUGUAUGCCCGUAUCAGAGUGUUAUGAGCGGAGUUUUGAAUUACCCAAUCUACUGGCAAUUGCUCUACGCCUUUCAAUCUACCAGCGGCAGCAUCAGCAAUUUGUACAACAUGAUCAACACCGUAAAAUCCGAUUGUGUCGACACAUCUCUCCUCGGAAACUUUAUUGAGAACCACGACAACCCUCGAUUCGCAUACUACACGAGCGACUACUCUGAAGCCAAGAACGUCAUAUCUUUCAUGUUCCUGACAGACGGUAUCCCAAUCAUGUACUAUGGACAAGAACAGCAUUACAGCGGAGGAAACGUUCCACUUAACCGCGAAGCUCUCUGGCCAUCGGCCUACUCGACCACUGCUCAAUUGUACACUCAUACUGCAAGAUCAAACACCAUCCGCACGCUGGCCAUGUCAAAAGACUCUGCUUACUUGACUUACCAGAAUAACCCCAUCUAUCAAGACUCCAACACCAUCGCAAUGCGCAAAGGCACAACAGGCCUACAACUAGUCACCGUCCUCUCCAACCUCGGCGCAAGCGGUAGCUCAUACACCCUCACCCUCAGCGGCAGCGGCUACGCAUCUGGCACUCUGCUUACAGAACUGUACACAUGCACCAACGUCACCGUUAGUUCUAGCGGCACCAUCGCCGUGCCCAUGACCUCUGGCUUACCAAGAGCAUUUUUGCCCUGGUCAUCUGUGUCCGGUAGCUCGAUCUGUAAUAGCCGUAGUUCGGGGUGCACAGCCGCAUCAACGGUUGCGGUCACGUUCGAGGAAGUAGUCACCACUACAUACGGCCAGAAAGUCUAUCUCGUCGGAUCAAUAAGUGCACUCGGUUCUUGGAGUGCAUCCAGUGCUGUCCUGUUGUCGGCGAGUCAAUAUACCGCGUCUGACCCAGUGUGGACUGGCACGGUGAAUUUGCCAGCUGGCGAGUCGUUUCAGUAUAAGUUUAUUGUUGUGAACACUGAUGGCAGUGUUAAGUGGGAGAGUGAUCCCAACCGGAGCUAUACUGUGCCGACGGGUUGUCAGGGGUUGACUGCCACUGUUGAUGAUACUUGGAGGUGA